AUGAGCGAAGAGUUGGAUGAGACGAUCGGCGAUCAGUCGGUGCCGUUCGGGAACGGGACGGACGUCGGGGUCGGGAAUGGCGUGAAUGGCGUGAAUGGUGUGCCAAACGGCACCUCAGGUGACAAAGAGAAGACAUUUGUGCUGAAGAAGUGGAACUGCUGUGCGAUGUGGUCGUGGGAUUGCGAGUGCGACACGUGUGCCAUAUGUCGGGUGCAAGUGAUGGACGCGUGUCUUCGGUGUCAGUCCGAGAGCCGAUCGGACGACUGUGUGGUUGUUUGGGGCGAAUGUAACCACUCUUUCCAUAACUGUUGUAUGAGUUUAUGGGUUCAGCAAAACAAUAGGUGUCCGCUCUGUCAGCAGGACUGGACUGUUCAGCGCAUCGGCAAAUAG